UUCCUCCCUCCCUAUUAAAAGGCCUACCAACUGUGUGCCUCGCUCUCGCGCGCUCGGUCGCUCGUUCCAUUGGGCUUGACACCUCAUCGACAGAUCAAAAAAAGGAAGUUGUUUAGGAGGAAGAAGAAGAAGAAGAAACGGGAGCUUGGAUUGUUCGGCUGGGCGGCGCGCGGCCAUGGGCGACCGGCGAGGGGACGAGGAGGACUGCAGGGUGGGGCUGCUGAAUGGCGCCGCGACGAAGGAGGACUGGCAGGUGGCGGCGGCGGCGGCCGACGGCAAGCUCGGGAGGAGGGUGUGGGAGGAGUCGAAGAAGCUGUGGGUCAUCGUGGCGCCGGCCAUCUUCAGCCGCGUCGUCUCCUACAGCAUGAACGUCAUCACGCAGGCGUUCGCCGGGCACCUCGGCGACCUCGAGCUCGCCGCCAUCUCCAUCGCCAACACCGUCGUUGUCGGUUUCAGCUUCGGCCUCAUGCUUGGCAUGGCGAGCGCGCUGGAGACGCUGUGCGGGCAGGCGUUCGGCGCGAAGAAGUACCACAUGAUGGGGGUGUACAUGCAGCGUUCGUGGAUCGUGCUGCUGGGGUGCGCGCUGCUGCUGCUGCCCAUGUACAUGUACGCCGAGGACGUGCUGCUGCUGACGGGGCAGCCGCCGGAGCUGUCGGCGAUGGCCGGCCGUGUCUCCGUCUGGUUCAUCCCGCUCCACCUCUCCUUCGCCUUCCUCUUCCCGCUGCAGCGCUUCCUGCAGUGCCAGAUGAAGAACUUCGCCAACGCCGCCGCCUCCGGCGUCGCGCUGUGCAUCCACAUCCUCGUCAGCUGGCUCCUCGUCUCCAGGUUCCGGUUCGGCCUCGUCGGCAUCGCGCUCACGCUCAACUUCUCGUGGUGGGCCACCGCCGCCAUGCUCUUCGCCUACGUCGCCUGCGGCGGCUGCCCGGAGACGUGGCACGGCCUCUCCCUCGAGGCCUUCGCCGGGCUGUGGGAGUUCGUCAAGCUGUCCGCUGCCUCAGGUGUCAUGCUAUGCUUGGAGAAUUGGUACUACAGAAUCCUCAUCUUGCUGACGGGUAACCUCAAGAACGCGGCUAUUGCGGUCGACGCGCUCUCCAUCUGCAUGACGAUCAACGGAUGGGAGAUGAUGAUCCCCCUGGCGUUCUUCGCUGGCACCGGGGUCCGGGUGGCGAACGAGCUGGGCGCCGGCAACGGGAAGGGCGCGAGGUUCGCGACGAUCGUGUCGUCGUUGACGUCGCUGGUGAUCGGGCUCUUCUUCUGGGUGCUCAUCGUGGGGCUCCACGACAAGUUCGCGCUCAUCUUCACCUCCAGCGGCGUCGUGCUGGACGCCGUCGACAACCUCUCCGUCCUCCUCGCCUUCACCAUCCUCCUCAACAGCAUCCAGCCCGUGCUCUCAGGUGUGGCUGUUGGGUCUGGCUGGCAAUCCAUGGUGGCCUACGUCAACAUCGGCAGCUACUACCUCAUCGGCAUCCCCACGGGCAUCCUCCUCGGAUGGCUCUUCAAGCUUGGCGUUCUGGGUAUCUGGGCGGGCAUGAUCGGCGGAACCGCCGUGCAGACGCUAAUCCUGGCCGUCAUAACCAUCCGUUGCGACUGGGACAAAGAGGCCAUGAUCGCAAGCACGCGCAUGGACAAGUUGUCGCGAGUCCGGUGAUGAGAGAGGAGCAUGUAGCACGUGACCGACUCAUCACCAGAUUCUGCCAUAGGGAAGGACAAGAUGAUGGCGACGAGUGAGUGAACUGCACAAAUGAACAGUGGACAGGACGAUUAUUCUUGGAACAUUUUUCCUAUCACCGGGAGAUAUACUGUUUUCUGUUUUCUGAUAUCUAAUAUAUAAAGAGGUAUCAAAUUUUAUAUAGAAAACAGUGAUAGUGAUAAAAUUGCUGAAAUUAUUCACCUUGUUCCUGUUUGAUUUCUAUAUUGGUUUCGUUGCGGCCAAUUUUGUGAUCUUGGUCUUCUGGUUCCCGAAAACUUCACCAGCCGACCGUAUCCAAGUAGUAUAUGUAUGACAGAUGGUGAAAUGCGAUCAUGUGAAGGUUGAUCGAUCUUAUCUAAAAUUAUUUUCACCAACCAUGUCACUUGUUCAGUUUCUUCGUGGAUUUUUACUCUUCAUGCUCACC